CAAAGAAUAGCAAAAGUGUUAUGGCGGAUGUUCGCGGUGGCCCCGAGAAAAUCGCACAAGGUUUACGGUUUCCUUUGUGUGCUCCCUGGACGUAUUUGUUGUUGUAUUCUGGCUAGAUGUUAGGUGGACAGUUUUAGAAGCGGUUUGCGUCCGUUCUUCGACAUUUUUUCAAAUAUAGGUGUCAUAUUUGUAGGCCCAAUGUUCGCUGCCCAAUAUGGCGGACACUGAUUUACAACAACAAACCCUCAUGGUAGCUGGUACUGGCGACACUAUUAAUAAAUUGCAGGAAGUCUCCGUUCAAGAAGUGCAAGUCAACGAAUCUGGUGAGAUAGCAGCAGCGGACAUUUUGCAACAAGCGUUUCAAGAAGCCUCGGAAGAGUACGAGCAAGUCGCCGUUGCCUACGCCACCGUCGAGGAUGGAGUUACUGUACUUCAUGGUACAAUUCCUGAAGGUGUCCUCCAGCAAGUAAGUAGCGGACAAACUAUUCAGCAAGUUACGCUUACUGAUGUCGUUAACGGCACGACCAUUGCCGAUGGCCAUGAAGUCGUCGAGCAAAUUCCGCCACCAGAGCAACAAGAAGAGCCCGCCCAAAAUAAUGACGCAGAAGGCGCGCUGGUCGAAAGUCUUACGGAAUUCGUUGCAGAUAACGUGACGGGUCAGUCGAUUCUGAUCCCACGAGGUGCACAAGUCGUUUCUGAAGCACCCAUAGAGGAAGAACCUCAAGAAGAACAACAAGCAACUCCGCCUGAGGAAGAAAGUCAAACGUCCGCCUCGGUCAGGAUCCAGCCCGUGUCAACCAGCAGCUUUCAGCAUAUAUCCUUGCCUCCGAAGCAGACAACAGCACCGCUCGGUUCUUCUGAGAACCCGAUCCAGAUCAUUCAACAGGGUAACACGUAUCAUUCAACGCAAGUAUUGUCCUCGGAGCAACUUCAACAGAUCGCUCACGUCUUGCAACAACAGCAAGUCAACCGCGCAAUUCAAAAUGGGGGGAGCGCAGUCGUUUUCAAUCCCCAGACGAACACUCGGAUCAUCUACCGCGUCAUUUAUCCGUCGGAAAUCGGAGGCAAAGGCAGUACGCCCUCUCCCAAGACCCCAGGUCGCGGUCGCGGCGGGUACUCGGGUCGCAGCCGGGGUCGGCCGCGAGGUCGUGGUUGGAGCCGCAGAGUGGUCGAAGAUGAUGAACACAGGAGUGAGGGACCAGAGUUGACGAGAGAGGAGAAGGAAGAGAAGAAGAAACACAGGCCAAGGACGAGGUCCGGUCGGAUAUCAAAGCCUCCAUCGUACAUGGUCAAGGAUUACAAGAGGAUUCAUCACCUGGAUUUUGAUGAUGAGCCGUACGACGACUCAGAUGGAGGGUAUUCGGAUUACCAAGUGAGCGAUGAAGAUGAGAGGAGAGAGAGGAAGUCCCACUCCUCAGGUCAUGGUGGGCGUCCUCGCAACUACAAGUGUGGUACCUGCGGGAAGCAGUACAUUGGAAGGGCCAGCCUUGCCAGGCACCUGCGCCUCUACCCAGAUCACGGAAAUGCAUCCGACGCCGAAGAAAUGAGCACCCACGACGAAAAUUCCAACAGUUCAAUGUCGGGCCACGCUCAGAACUCUCCCGCAGCAAACCCAGGAGCGCAAGCCGGCAUGACCCGAGCCAGGUACUCCGACAUGGCAGCCAUCAGAAGAAAAUCACGUCUGAGGGAGUCGAUAAAGGUGUGCAGCGACGAGGAGCUGAUGGAGAUUGUGAUGCCACGGUUGGCUGAAUCGGUUUCUCUCUGGGAGUUUCUGCUGAUGAAGAGCGAAAAAGGCGAUCCUCCGCGGCCUCAGGUGCCUGACAUGCUGCUCAACCUUGAGGAGCUCCUUGGUGAGAUUCAAAAGCUGGGACGCGAAUGCCUGCGAUCUGCAGAGGUCAACCAAGACGGUGAGCCAGCCGAGACGCUGCCACCUGGUGGCCAGUACGUGAAGAUUGAAGAUGAGGCUGUGGCCCAUGCCCUGGGUCUGGCUACUGGACUGUAUGCAGUCCUCGAAGAGAACGCUCCUGGUCAGCCCCAAGUCCGACACCGCAAACGAACGAGGUCGUCGGAUGGGGAAAAGGAGCUCGCAGAGGUCCUGGCUGUCGGAGAUGUCCAAGCUGUCAACGAAGUUCUCGGUGACUCUAGCAUCGUGGAAUUUGUCACCCCCGAGGAAAUGGUCGCAGCCCUCCACGGGGAGCCACUGCCACCGAACAAGCGUCUACGGUUAGACGACACUGACGGCCUUGUUGUCUUGCCGGCCGGCGCCGUAAGCAUCGACACUUCCAAAUCUGAUGGAGGCAAUGCCAUUAUGGAGGCAGCCCUGAACAGCGAUAGCCUCUCCGAAAAUAUGCUAGAGAACCUAGAGUUUACUGGACUGCAAGCAGCAGCGGAAGAAGGAGCCGGUGAGGCAGCAGCGGCGGCGGCGGCAGCAGCACAGACAGAGGCCGCACCUGCCGCCGCGGAAGCUGAUGCGCAGCAGGUGGAACAACUUUCUCAGGAGCAAGCCCAGCAACAGCUGCAGCAGACAGCCGAGACACUGCGCUUUGUUGCGGUCAACCCCGGACAAAAACAGAUUCAGAUCCUACCUGGACAGUCCCUACUCAACCGGAACUUCGUCCGCGUGGUGACUUCCUCGGAAGGCCCGCCAUCACCAACCGUGCAGCAGGCGCAGCCCGAGGAUGCUGUGGCUGAAGAGCCUGCGUCGGCCCAAGAGCCUGCGGCAGCCGAAGAGGCCCUGACGGUUGUGAUGCAGGAAAAUGAGGAGGAACCUCAAAUCCCAGCGGAGCAGGUUCCUGCGGAAGUGGAGGCCGGUGCAGCGGAGGCAGAGAUGAUCGUGGCUGAAGCCCCUACGAGCGAACCGCAAGAAUGCACCAGCGACGGAGUGUCAUCGGAUGCUGCCAGGAUGGAGACGAUGGUACAAGUGGUCGAAAGCCACGGUGAUGACGACUCGGAGCAGGAGCUUGCGCAGGUGGUGUGUGCGGCAGAAGACGCAGCCCCAGAAGGCAGUGCGGUAGUUCGACAGUACCUCCUUCCCGAUGGCCAAAUCAUAAGUGCGUACGAGGAUGGAGAGGGAGGCCUGGUGCAGUUUACCGGCGGUACUGAAGCCGAAGCCGAAGUUGAAGCCGAGGCCGAAGAAGAGACCACCACUGCGCUAGGCAACGUUGUGAUCAUGCAGAACCCCGACGGUACGACAACCCUGCAGGUUCCCAGUGACGGGAGCAUACCCAUUGAGACGGUGCAGGCCCUCCUGGCCAUGGAUCACUCCGCCAUGGUUGUCCAAGCCAGCCAAGACGACGCGUUGGUGGCCGAAGGCGUCUGAGUCUUCGAGCACUCGUGAAAAACGAGCAGCAUAUGAGCCGUACGUGACUCAUUUGUGAAGUGAACCUGCAGCCAUUAAGGACGUUAUAAGGACGCCCGAAAUGAUGGCUAACGGGAAAGCGCGCUGUCGUGCGGUGAAGUGUACUAAACUGUGAGGUGCAGCACAUAUGCAAAAACUGACUGACUUGUGCUUAAAGCGCACAAGGAUACUGCACAUCAGGAGAUAACGCGUGCCGUUGAGAGUCGGAAGUGCAGCUGUCAUAACCUUCGGAUGACUGCACUGUUCGCAGGCGUUGCCUUCUGCAAAGAGUAUUUGAAAGGGUUGACAAAUCAAAAAGUGCUUGUGUAAGGAUAUCCUGACCUGUCUUUGUCAACAACAACACACCCAUUGUUGCCUGUCAUAUUUUCCUUUCUUUCUCCUUUUUUUUUGGUACAACAUAUUUUUUUUUUGAACAGGCAACUGAAGCUUUCUAAGACUGUGGUUGCGUAGCAUUGCAUAUUCCGCUGAUGCACCGUCUCUGUUGCGGAUUAGUCGACCAUUUAUUUUACCAUUCAAUAAUCGAUAACGUCUCGAUGUUGCACAAUGUUGCCAGCAUGCACGCCUGCUAUCAUCGAGGAUAUAUGCUGCACUAGUUGUCUACGAUGUACACCGUACAUUAACCGGGUUUCGGUGCGAUGACGUCUCAGUAUAACGCGUGACCAUUGUCACCCUAACAGGGCGACGCAGCAAGAAGUGUCACCAUUUCGCGCGCCAAUAAAAUACAUGCUCUACGUGCUCCGUUGAUCAUGCUGGACACCUUGUUUUAUUAGUCUGGGUUAUGCUGACCAACGUUAGAAGUGGUUUGGGUGAGGGCUCCCAUUACGUCCUUCCCUUUCAAUCCCCAUACAAUCUGUGGAAACGAGUCGCGGAGCAGCUGUGAUAACCUCCGCAAGCAUGUACAACUGUGUGCUGUGACAUCUGUAUUGGCAUGUACAUAGUGCGCAAUAUUUUUGUAGAAAUGCAGUGCUGUAUAGUUCGUUCGAGGAUGACGGAAUGUGACCUUGCUGCUGUUAUAGCUAAGGGCCAUCCGAAACGAAAAGGUUCAUUUUUUUCUUUGAACGUUGAGGUUUAUUAAAGCAAAAUUCUUUGAAUUUCAUGUUGGAGUAAUGUCUCUGUAUGUUCUCUCUCUCUCUCGCUCUCUUUUUUUGUGAGUGAUGUUGAAUACUGUCGUGGAAAGUACUGGUCUGCUGCUAUCGCUUGAUCCUGCUGAUACGACAGAAGAAGAGUUAGAAACGUGAUUUUUGCAGUGACGAUUUUUGAACUACUGAAACGGAAAACGUUCAUACCAAAAAAACGUGGAUUCGAUCGGAUCCCACUUAUGUGUAAUGUAAAAGAAACCCGCAUGCUUGUGCCAUGCUUUACGCUUAUAAAUAUUUUACAUUUUGCAUCUGGUGUCUUGUAUACUUUUUUUUUAUUGUGUGCUGCCUCCAGUAACGGCUCUAUACGAUCAUAACGUCAAUUUGCGUAAGGUCGAAUGCAAAGGUUUACUACUGGUUUUAGCCUGCAGUUUAAUGGCCUAUGCUUCACAAACCAAACCGCAAGAUGCACAGUGCUUCCGCUACACUAUACAAAAGUUCCAUUAUCAUCCGCAAAAGUUUGUUGAUGGAAUUACGGGCACGAACGCUUCUUUUUUGCAUAUCACACUUGCCCCUCAGAUUCAUCUAGACUCACAUCGGCCGUCAGUUUGUACAAUCCCAUAAUCACCAGUUUUUUUCUUGUUUUUUUUUUACAAAUCUUCUCAGACUGUAGCAUGGCACAUGACAAGUGCUGCAAAUACAUAAACAUGUAUCCUUAUGCCUCUUAAGAGCGCACAUUACUGUUCAUCUUGUACAUACAAAAUACAUUUUUCCUUUUUCGCAAAGUGCUGUGACGACAUUCUUUGUACGUGACAAAUUCAAAUCGUGCACUUGUGGCACAAACAGCACAUCCUUUUAAAGAAGUACAGCGAAGUAGUAUGAUAUGGAGCAGUGUACAAAGUCCUUCACAUUGUACAUAUGGCCCUCGUGCAGUGAUUUUCUUCUUUCUUGCUACAGUAAACGAUAGUUAUUUUCAGUUUGUCUUUAUUUUCGUUUUCUGGUGACCUUCUAUAUUAAUCAUGUUUCCUGAAUGUGGUUUGAUUACAAAUUUGUUCUUCGCUAUAAUCUGUUUUUCUUGGAUAUGCAGCACGGCAUUACACCUGUGUGUAUACGUUCAUUAUUUCUUGUACGAGUGUUCUCUUUCUUCUUUUUUUUUCGGUACCUGGCGCAUGUCAGUUUUUCUGGGAAAAAUGACAAGAUGUAAUAAAUGUCUAUUUCGAUA